CAUUCGUGUAAACGUAAAAUAUGGAGGUAAGUGAUGAUGGCAGAACUUCGCCCUCUGGUAGUUUAAAUAGUUCUCGAGAACGUUCAAACAGUGAUCCAGGUCGCAGAGAGAUGACCAUAGUCAUGAAUGGCGGGAAUACUGUGCCUACAAGACGAACACCAGCGUUUAUAAACUCCACGGAAGUUGACAGUUCUGUCGCAAGUGCAAACUCUACCCCGAGUACACCUCCUCCUGUGCGACGAAGCAAAUUGGCAGUGAGUAUAGGAAGAUUACUUCGACCGUGGAAAUGGCGAAGGAGAAAGAAAAGUCAGAAGUUCAUCACCACUUCACAAAGUAAGCAAUGUUUCAUUUUGUCUUUUUGUGGCCCCUAUUUGUUCAGUUUUUUAGAAGGUGUAAGUUGACGUUUCACCUAUGGAAAACCGAGAACAGGCUGUAGGUAUGUGCUCAGCCCUAUACAAUUCGUUCCUCUCGAAAGCAUUUAUUUUUCCUGCUAUUAGCUUCCAUCUUAGUUCCUUCUGAUUGAUUACCACUGGGAAGUUUGAGCCUGAAAGGAAUUACAACCGUACCUCUAAUUCCGCAUUUUGGACCUUCGAUUAAAGGGGUCGUUGAGUCAUUUUUUUUUUUUAACUGUUCUGGUAGGUUCUUUGCAAAUAUUUGUGUUUGCCACAUAUUGCCACGCUUAAUAAAUUGGAUUUUUUUUCUUUCUGAAAUAUUUAUUUUGAAAAUAUUUCAACGGCAAUGUAAUCCUUUUUACUAGACAUCUGAUAUAAACGAAAUCAAAUUUUGAUUCGACACGCACAACAAUGUGAUUUGGUCUGGUUGUGCUGGAUAAUUUUUUAUUCUUUGGCUGAAAAUUUCUCCAAAUUAAAUGUUACAUAUAUCAUUCAAUUCAUCAAACAUGCAUUCCUUUCUGUUUAAUGGCUUUGAGGAAAAAAAAAGCUCUAAUGAAGCUAACAAUUUCCUUCUAAUGCUUGGGUUAAAUUUUAGUAACACCGAGUCUCUUCUCUUUUUGAUACUUAUGGAUGUAUUUGAUUUAUUUGAACUUUUCUCCUAACCAUUUUUGGGGCUAAAUUAUUUUUACUAAUACCGUUAUCAACUUAAGGUCGAAUUAAUAUAGCUCAAUGUGUGAUCAAUUAUUGUGUAUAAUGCAUAUGAAAGUGCUUAAGAUUGUAAUUACCUUUCACUUCCCUGAAGAAGGGUGUUGGGUAGGUUCAUAGUGCUAAAUGUUUUUGUGAGCUCAACAACAUGAAAAUGACAACAGGGGAAAAAGUCUCUCUGAUUCCCUUCAUGUUGUGUGGUUCAGUCUGGCUUUUUAUUUCCUACAUAUUUUGAAUGUAUGAAAAGUUUCAUUUUGAAUUUAUGUUUUGUGGUUCCCAAGCGAAUAAAAUGGUCUAUUUUUCUAAUUUCUUGGUCAGAUUUAAAAAUGUGAGGCAAGAUUGGAAAAAAUAAUAAUCGCUUGUUCCAGAACCAUUAAAAGGUCUCAGCAGGACCUUCCUCUGAGUGAUUACAUCAGGAAUAGACUUGAUGCAUUUUGUAACUGCAAAACAUUUUUAACAGAGAAAUUAUAUUGUCAUAGAUAUUUCUAUUUGCAUAUGUUGCUUCAAUUAUUAUUGCAUUUUUAUGAUAUUGUCCUUUGCUGUAGGAAAGUGAUAAAUUGGAUCACAACUACAAUUUUUUGUGAUAUUUUGAAUGUGUUUUUGAUAUUUUGAGAUCUGUUAGAAGAAGAACUUUAGUUUGUUCUUUUAUUUACCUGGACACUCUUUCAUUGGCGCAUUGAUUGUUCAAAAUUCAUAAGAUCACUUGACCGCAGUUCUUUGCUUUACCAGCAUUAUAUUACUUUACAAUAUAUUUCUAGCACAAGAAGGAAUUCCUAUUAUAUGUUUUCCAACUUCUAGCCUUUAUUUUAGUGACUUUAAGUAGUAGUACUAGGUGACAAAAUGAUAUGAUCACAUUCUUUAUAAAAGCAGUGUAUAGAUUUCUUUUAACUACAAGUCAUUCCAGAGUGAUGAUAAUGUGGUUUGAUUAUUUUGGUGUCUUGUCUGGAUGAGCAAUACAUAUAAAACUGUUGACCACAAGGAUUUGAAAUAGCCUUCAAGAUGUAGAAAGGCAGGGAAUAUCUCACCAUUAAACUUGGUUAAGUAUUACAUUAUUUUUACUGAAAUAUUUUGAAAAACAGUUAAGUUGUGUAAAGUACAUUAUUUAUACCAUCCAAGUUAUUGACAUAAAUUGUUUUGUUAUUUUCUUGUGUGAUAAUAUAUAUUGAUUCUCUUCUCAGAUCUGGAAAGAAAAUUAUCGGUACGCACUAACAGAGAUGAGUUGAUAAAGAAAGGAAUCCUUCCAGUCACAUCUGAAGGUGAACUUUAUAGUCUGCUGUGACUACCAAGUUUUUACAAGAAACAUUCAGGGAUAUAUUGUGUCAAUGGAAACUUAGAAAAUGAGUUGUAGACCAAUAAUAUAGCUUUUGCUACAAAAAAAAAAUCAAAGAUAAUUUAAUAUAGAAAAACAGUUUGAGUUUUAAAUUGGUUUAUUUUAAAUCAGAGUAUCUAACCUGUUAAGUUUAGAUUUGAAUACAUUUGAAUCAUAGCAUCUCACAUGGUUAAUUGAUGAUCAUUAUGUAGUUGAUUUGAAUUAAAUUACCAAGUAACUAACUAGGAGAAUUUGGAAAGGUGAUGUUUUGGGCAUUGGCCAUUUGUCAGGCUUAACUGUAUUUUUAAGUAUUGUUAAUGUUUACUUCCUCCUGAUACAUAGCAAAUCAGCUAUCAAUUUUAAAUAAGUGAUUUAAAGGGCUAAGAUUUCCAUUACAACAUAAGCAAAACCCUGAGCAAUUUUGAGAUCUUAGAAGGGAAAUGGUAAAAUGCUCAGCAUUUUUGUUUGCUGGUUUCAUUAAGAGUUUUAUUUGUGUGCUGUUCUUGUUUUGAAUACCAUUGUUGCAACCAUUGAAAGCAGAAAGGCAGUCAAGACAGGACUAUAUUCUGUCAUUAAACCUGCAGUGGUGUUUAGGAUACAGUUAAGCUCUUUCAUUAGUCUACACAAAGAACUGAUCUUAGUUAACCGAAUUAGACUUCUCUCAGUUAGCUUUCUUUGGAUGUGUACUAUUUUAACAUGUCUUUAUAAUCUUGUACUUGUUUACUUGCUUAUUAUUACAUUAAAAUUUUAUCAAUCAAACAUUAUUUUCAGAGAAAGAAAACGAGAAUGAUUCAGGUGAAGUCCAAUGUAAUGGUCCAUUACUGGAAAACAGGCUGCCCAAUGAAAGUGAAGAGAAAUCCAUAAAAUCAGGUCAGCCAAGGAGUGCUUUGAGAACUCCACUUCAACAGCGAGACAAUCUACCUGCUGGAAAUCAAAUCAAGAAUGAUUUCCAAGUUCAACAAUUAGAUACUUUGAGUAUGAUGGACCAGCUGGCUCAGGAAUUAGGUGAGAUGAUGUUAUCUUAACUACUGAAUGCAAUAGAACAGGUUAAAUCAUGUUUAUUAGGAGGUAAUGUACAUAGUUCUUAUUCAUAGGCCUGUGUAGCCUUCUUUUGUUUUGAAAUUGUUUAAAAAUUGAUUAAUAAAUAAUUAAUCUUUUACAGUGCUUGAGAUCGUAGUAUGUUGCGUUUUUUCAGAACAUGCUUGAAUUGCUUUACAUUUGUAUUUUAUAUACUUUUAGUCUUGUCAAUUUGUUGUAGUUUACAUUAGACUACUGAAUUGUAGGGGUGAGAUGGGCUGAUAGAUGGCAUGAUAAAAAAAGAAGAAAAUUGUACUGUUUACAUUGACCUUGAGCACCAAUCCAUUUGUGCCCCAAAACCAACCUGGUCUGUCUGUACUGAUGAAACAACUGUUCUUCCUCUUUACUCAUUAGCUAUAAAUUGCAGUUAACGACUGAGGACAAUACUAUGUAGUGAGGUUGAUAGUAUGCAGAUUGACGAAUUUCCUCUCUUUAAUUGUAACAGCUCGUCGAAACACUGGAGACAGUUCAACAAUUGAACAGACAGUCCUUCAAACUCAAAAUAAUAGACAUUGUAGUUCUAUUGGCCAACAACCAAGGUAAUACAGUUGAUGCUACAACAUUGAAAGUCAUGCUAUGUACUAGACUAGAUUAAGGUCAUGAAACAAACUAUACACAGUUUGCGGCUUCUGGUGACUUAAAUGUUUUGACUCUUUAAAAAAUUAGGGCCAGAAGGUCAUAGGGCAGUAUUUGCCAAUGUCAUAAUUAUCAACUAUCUUAAUAGACUAAGAUUUAAGAUUCCUGCUGCCUUUGGUUAAUAAUUAAAAAAAUAAAACAAAAACAAAAAAAGGAAGGAAUAAUAGGAUUGAAAGAUAAUCAUCUUCUUUAUACAAGAAUCUCAUAAGAAAAUGGAGUAAUUUGGUAUUAUUAACUGAGUCGAUAACGUAAGUUGGCCAGCAAGAUACAGUGUAUGUCCAGAAAUCAUGCAGUAAUGAAAAUGGUGAAUAUUUGUCAAAAUCGUCAAAUCUGCUAAGCUAAUUUUGUUUUGACCAAUUAACUAAAAAUUGUCAAUUCCACCAAGCUGAUUUAGCUCUGAUGAAUCUUGACUGAAAUUUGCCAAAAUUGUCAAAUCCAUGAAGAUUUAUUCAGUUUGACUUAAAUUGCCCAAAUCUGCCAGUUUGGUGUUAUAAAUAUAUAUAUUUAACCAACCACAAAACAGGCCUGUAGGGAUGAACUUGUAGUUUAUUUAUCUUUUUCCUCCCACAUUAUAUACAUCGCUCUACUCCUAAGUAUUGAGCACUGUUUUACGAUAGUCAGAAUUUUACACUGUAUAUAUAUACACUGUAUAUAUAUAUACACUGUAUAUAUAUAUAUACACUGUAUAAUAUAUACACUGUAUAUAUAUAUAUGUGUGUAUGUGUGUAUAAAAAUAAAACCUCCAUGUUAGCACGUAGAGUGGUAUGUUGCCCACACCAAUCAGAUUGCUGCAUUAGGGUAUGUAUCUCAUAUAAACUUUGUCAGAAAUAAAAAGAAUUGGUUUUUAUUUAAGAUCUUGUCUAGAAAGCCAAGUUUUUUUUUAAAAAAUCUGACUGAUUGACAUGAUGAGUCUUUACAGAUGUGUUGUUGUCACACAAUAGCUCGUUCGCAUCUAAAGCUUUUUCGGUCUUUGGCGACAUUUACCUUGCUUUGUUUGCCUUGAGAUCCUUAUAAACUUUGUUGGAAAUAAAGAAGAUUGUUUUUUUACUAAAGAUCUUGUCUAGAAAGCUAAGUUUUCUUAAAGUAAUCUGAUCAACUGACAUGAUGAGUCUUUACAGUAUUGUCACACAAUAACUCAUUCGCGUCUGAAGCUUUUAUAUUCAUUGGCGAUGUUUACCUUGCUCUAUUCACCAUGAGAUCCUUAUAAACUUUGUUGGAAGAAAACAAAAUUGUUUUUUCACUAUAUAUCUUUUACUUUUUUAUAUGUCUAUCUUCUAAUAAGUUGUACUGGAUUAAAGACCAACUUGCCAACUUGCCUUACUCGAUUUUAAAUGUUGGUGAGUUGGCGUUGGCGAGUUGAACUGUCGGCAACUUGACUGGAUACCCUUGCAAAUGAUGUCAGGGAAUCAGGGGGCUGUGCACAAAGAAGGACAUAAACCAUAAAAUUUGUUUGACAAGUGUAAUGGUUUGUGGCCUUUGUGGGAGCCUUGUCAAUUAAUGUCAAGAUUUAUUGGGAUAUGAAAGGUUCACAUUUAACCUUUUUGUAUCAUUUUUAUGUUAAAACAUAUUUUUUCCACUCCUUUACUCUUGAUUGUAUUCCACCAAUCAAAUUCCAGUUUGACUUCACUCCAUCACGUGUCAUUUCUAUGUAAACAACCUGCAUAUUCUGACUGCUUUGUCCAACACCACUGAAAAGAAUUCACAUGGAACUAAAUGCCACAGGCAGUAUAUUUUCCACACAAUUCUCUUGCAUUAUGAUUUUUUCUAUGAAUAAAAUUAGCUUUUAGCUACCUUGGACUUAAUCCAAUUGUGUGUUAAUUCAUUGUAAACAACUGGCCCCUCGUCAGAGCAAAUGGACAAAUCUGACAAAUUGCUAGUGCUCAAAAUGUUAGCUUUGAAACUUUUGUACCAAUGUGCAUUAUCCAUCUGGUAAAUGAUACCAAAUUACCCAGUUAUACUCUCCCACUGACACAAGCCCACACUUUCUUCUGAAACUUACCCCCUUUGAUCAGUGGAAGAUGCUUCCAAGGUAUUGUAGUGAGUUGCAGGUCAUAGCUUUGGACCUUUUACUUUACAACAAAAAGGCUAAAAUUGAAUUCACUUUCAUCACCAGGCUUGAAAAAGGUUCCUAUAUGUAAAUCGUAAACUGAUAAAUAUUUAACUUUUUUGUGUAGAUUUGUUGUUGUUCAAAGUGUUGGGAAAAAAACUAGUGGUGAAGGAGAAUGCUCGGAUAAUGAAAGUUUGCAACAUGCAAGUUCAGGAAGUGAAGGAAGCUUUUCUGACUCAGAGGAAGAGGAGGAAAAUCGAGGAAUUGUUACAGGUAUUGAAUUUGAUUGUUUUUGGACUCAUUAUAGAAUUAUAUUCAUGUAACAGUUUGUUCAGUAAGCUGUACCUCUAAUCUCAAAGCUUCAGUUUUGGAAAAGUCUUAACAUAAUUGGUGAGUAUGAGGUCCAUCUUGAUGGAAAGAUUGGUACACAAAUUGUAUAGGAGAUGUCAGUUUGAAGUACAAUUGUUCACAAGACUGCACUUUUUCUUACCAUCGCCACAAAUAAUCUGAUCCCAGAAUGCCAGUGCUUUCUCUUGAACAAAUACCUUUUUUAUGAUUAAAUGUUUACUCCUAACAAAAUGAGUAAUGUAGGAGAGGUCUACCGAAUUCACACGUGUAUAGGCCACAUUUGUGUAUAGGCUGCAUUUGUGUAGCACCCUGAUUUUUGACCAUAUUUUCUUGAAAAAAAAUGAUUUCAUGUUUUCUCCAGAGGGCGAAAGGCCUGGCAAAUGCCACAUACUGCCAAGAGAUAUUUGUUUAUGUCGCAAAAUUCAUCACAAUAAAUAAUCUGACAUAGUAUGCCAUCGAUUAAACAAACAUUGCAAAUGCAAACAACAAUAGCUAGUCAUAUCUUCAAAACAGUCUUAAAGUUCAAAAAAAGGUAAAAGAAAAGAUUAAAGAAAAGAUACCUGGGUAAUUUGUGCUAGAUUUGUGUUCCAAGUAUUCUAAGAGUGCAUUCCUUUGGGAGGAUUCGCAUUUGGAUUUGUGAUCCAAGAUCACACAAAUCGUGGUGCAUGAAAGGAAUGGAGUUUUAGGCGAGCUCUCAGAGAAUUCCAAAAAGUGCGCUAUUUCAAGACUUUAGUAUGCAUGUGGGUUACUGAGCUCUUCCCAGAAUGGCUCGUUAUUAGAAGCACAUUUUUUCAUGGUAAACUCAAACAAUGGAAUUAAAACAGAAGCAAGUAUUAAUUACAAUAUGGAUACUUGGGAACCCUGAAUGCCUGCAAUCAGUGGCCAAUUGAUUUAACAUUACAAAAUUGAUUUUAUUUUGCCUUUAUCGCAGAAUUUGUAGAGCGAUUGCCAACAAUCUUUCCGGCCAAUUUAUGAAGUACCUACCUGUUUGAAAUUGAGCAUUGCUGGGCAAAAUGAUUAAAUUUGGAUCCUUUGACCAAAGGAACGUGUUGGAUCAGUCUUUAGAUCACGCAGAUCAGUGAUCCAAUGAAUCCUUGUCCAGAGUGGAUUUGGUAGAUCACUGAUCUGAAAAUGGAUUUGCCUGAAAGGAACGCCACAGAUCAGAAAUCCUGAUCUGGAUUCUCCCAAAGGAACGCACCCUAACAUUUUGUUUAUUUCCUCAGUAAUGAUCGCGUGAAGUUGUGUACGUGAUCAGGGACAUGAGCAAACAUAGUUUAGCGGCCUUGCCUCUUGAUGAAAGAGGGAAACUGGGGUAAAGAUUUAAGUUAUACCAUGUAUAGGCUGCACCCCCAUUUUGCACAAAAUUUAUUUGGAAAAAAAGUGUGGGGGAUUUGUUUGCAGUAAUAGUGAAUACAGUAUUAUUGUGUACAGUAUUAUUUUUAUUCCUUUAUGUAUGCAAAUUAACAAUUGGUUCAUACAUCAGCGUGCAUUCAUCGAGAUAUGAAGCACUUGGGAAGUUUGGAGAGCACAAAAGAUGUGCGAGAGUUGCUUGAGGUGUAGCUGAGAGCAACUCUAGUAUCUUGAGUGCUCUCCAAACUUCUCAAGUGCUUCAUAUCUCGAUGAACGCACAGCUGAUGUACGAACCAAUUGUUUUAUAACAUUUUCAACCUGAUGGAAAAUUUUUUUCUCGAGGGAUUUGUUUGCUGAUAUCAUGAAUAUGCACAAUAGGAAUAUGAAGUAUGCUCGCACAAUUGAAUAUGAUUAGACAAAUUUACUAGCUAUGUUAUAAAAGUACUUAAUAAAUAAUCCUCUUCAACAAAAUGUAUUUGGAAAAAAAGUGCAGCCUAUACAUGUGGGAAUAUGGUAUUAUUGCAUACAGUAUUUUUUUUAUUCCUUUAUGUAUGCAAACAGUGCUUAAUAAAUAAUCCUCUUUGUAGUAAAGUGGUGCUGUGGCCUAUAAAAUUACAAAUUCUUAUUUUUUUUCUCAAGCAUUUCAGUGGUCCAGAAUCCUAAAUCCUUAAAUCUGAUUGGCCAAUUCCACACUUCAGCAGUCCAUAUUUUUCCUAUCCAGAUCCCAGAUACAGACUGCUCCAAGUUUUGCAAUUUGCAAUUGUCAUUCUUUUCAAAAGGGUGAACUGCCUUGUUUUUUUUUUGAUUUUUUAGGCUUAGCAUCUAAGCUUAAAAGGACAGAUAGUUUGGCUCAAAAAUUGAGAACAAGACCAAGUCAAGGUGAACUUGAGGCCAGAAACAUACUGCCAAGUAAGUGGAAAAUUAUUUAUUUGUAAUAGCAUACAUUGAUGAGACUGUGAAGUUUUGUCAUGUAUCCAAGACAUAUUCUGUGGAAAUUUGUGGGAUAGUUCUGUUAAUAACUGUAUAGCUUUAUUAAUAUCUUUCAAGAUUACAGUAUUGUGUAAUAUUUUACAAAGAAUGAUAGCAAUAAUACCCAAUGUUAAGAAAUUUUGCUGACUAUUUUUUCAUCAAGUUUAUCAAGAGUCUAGUUAUAUUUGAUGUGAAUAACAUUAGUAAAUCAGUAAUAGUGAACCAUGGUUCCCAUUUUCAACUGUAGGUAACCUUUCGGUCAACUGUCGGCUGACAGGUUACCUGCACAUUACUGACAGGUGGCCAACAGUGUUUAGUAGACCAAAAAUUGACUGAAAACAGUAAAUAGAAACAUGUUAUUUGCAUUGUUCAUACCUAACUACUUGAUUCUGUUUUAACGGUAAAAAUAAGCUUGUUUAACCCACUCUCAGACUGUAAGUACCAAAAUUUAGUAGUAAAUGUAGUACCUAUUUUUUAUAUCCUUGUUUGUACAUGAAAAGGCUUCUUUUUUUCCAUUUUGCAAGUGAAUGAACCAACAGGUCAAAUAGUUCUAACCAAAUAAAGACUUUCUUAAAAGGGUUUUGGAAGCAGUGCAUUAAGGGGAUUGGGAACUAGAAAAACCGUUUUUUAUGUCGGUCAACAGUUGGCCAACAGUAUCUUUCAGGAGCUGUUCUUCACUUUUACCAGUAAAUCUAUUUGUCAGCCUUGAUUUAUGAAAAUUGAACAAGUCUCUAUAUUACAUAUUAUUCUCUGUGCGUGGCUGCCACAAGGUUAAAUGUUGUUUACUUACUAGGAGUUUUAGGAGUUAUAGGUCAAAAACAGUGAGAACCUUCCACAGAUUUGAAAGUAGACCUCGAAAAAAAAGAAAUAUUCUGAUAUGACUGACAACUGCUGUCUGCAAAUGCUUCAAAUUGCUCCAGUUAGUACAAAGUGUAUUUAAUUUGUGAAAAUACAUGAACCUUUUUUGUUUUAUUUUAUACUUUGGUAUCUGUAUAACAUUAAUGUAAAACUGAAAGGUGGCCAAGAGAAUCAAAUAUAAACUUAUGGCCAAAUGAUAUUUCACUGUGGCUGGGACUGCCUAAUAUCAACUGUGUAUAACAGAGGUUGUCUCUUUUUUUCCCCUUUUGCUCAAGAAGGAAGAUAUUUACAUACAUGACGUCACUGCAUGAUAUCCAAUCAAACUGCAUAUUGCAUAAUAUAUGUCUAAGUAUGUGACUACCAUUUGUAGUUUAAAAGAUAACAAUAAAUAAUUGCUUUACAGUUUUGGAUAUUACUUUUUUGAUUUUAGAUUUUCAAUAUAUCAGCUGUACAAGCCUAGGUUUAGAAUUUAAACAAGCAGCAAUGAAAAGCUGAAAAAAAUUCCUUAAAGAUUCAAUACCUAGGUAUGAAAUUGGUAAUAAAAUCAUUUCAGAGUGAAGUUUAUAGGAAAUUUUAGAAAUAAAAAUGAGUCUCUUUUAUCUAAUAUUUUUAAUCUUCAGUGCCUCAAUAAGCCCUGCAGGGGUUAGUAACAUUCUUUGUUAUAGCUUUACUCAUAGGCCAAAGUUAAUUUAUGUUAUUGUUUAUAUUUUUUCUACAAGGAACAACAGCUUAGCUUUGGUAAUGUGGGUUUUAUUUGUGGCACAAUCUUUCCAAUACUCAAAGGAAGUGACCAGCGAUUGGUGUUCAGAGCACAUAAUUUUUAAAUUUGCUUCAUUAUUUGUUUAAUGAAUUGAAUAACAUAACUUCUAUUUUAAAUAAGUGUAAAUGUGGAUCUUUAUGGACCACAGGAAGGAAGAUCUCUGGAAAAAUUGCACACGUUAUCAGAAAUGUUGAAUUGGGAGUAAAAAUGUUGAAUUUGUGUAGCAGAUUUGAAUGAAUGUUUGAUAUUGUGCAUGAGUUUUGUCUUACUUUGACACAUAAUUAUUCUCAAAACACCUGUCCUUUCACUGAUCAAUACCAAUUAGCCAGCCCUCCAAUUACUUGAAAGCCAUUCUUUGUUACACCUGGUGUAAAAACAGGGAAAAAAGAGUAGGCCAGACUGCUUUUCUUGUCCAUCAGGAUUAAGCCAUAUUUUUGACAUUGAUAAUCCAAAACUUGAACUCUUUGAAUGAAGAAUUCUACAGAAUGCAAAAUGAUUUUUAUUCGUCAAAUUGUCACUUUAGUUGGACAAACUCAGUCUGGAGUGCUGGAUUUAAGUAAGCUGGUUGUAAAUAUCUUCUAAUUUUAUUGUAAGAAUUGAUAUUGCUGAUGAUAUAACCAGUAGAUUAUAAUCACUGGCAAUUUUAAGCAAUGAGUACUUUUUUUCAAACAUUUUAAAACAGUGAUUGAGACAUGGCUCCUGUUAGUUAAUGAUAGUCUUUUGGAGAAGUUUUUUUUGUGGAUAAAUGUGUGAGCAAUGUUAUGAUUGUCAUGAUUAAUGUAAUUUUUCAAUCCCAUUUACCCUGGUGUACUAACCAAAAGAGCCAGAAAAUCAAGUUUGAUUCUUAGAAAGUAGCUUUCAAACUUCCUUUCACAUUUUAAACAUGACAAGUAAAUGCUGCUGUUAAUGGCCCUAGUGUGGACUGUUAUUGGUUGCGAAUUAAGUUCUUGCCUUGCUGCAAGGAGUCACUUAUUUCAACAUUUAAAACUUAGUUAUACUGUAAUUUGUGAGAUGAGGUAUAUUAACAUAAAGGCCAGCUCAAAGUACUUCAGAAUUUAACAGUGAUCCAUAGUUUGCAACCUUCUGGAUUAGGAAAGGUUGUUGUAAAUUUAUCUUUUUAAAAGUGUAAAAUGUAAACUCUCCAGUCUUGACAGAGGAUGAAUAUUCACAGUACUUUUUUAAAUUAUGAGAAACCUGUCAUGGGUUUCUAAUUCUUAAAUAGCUCAAUUCUAUACAUCACAACUUUAUCAUGUCAUCAUAUUAACUUUCAUUUGAAUGAUUUCUUUUUCUUUGCGAAAAAUAUGCAGAUAAGAAAUACAUAUAUUGGGCAUGAAAAAUCAGUAGAUAAGCACAUAAUUCAUGAAUUGGUCACAUGUUAUGGAGGUUGUUUGUUGUGUUUUGGCCCAGGCUACAGACUUACUUUGCUUUGUACUGCAUGUGUUUGCUCUUAGUGCAAUCUCACCAUUGUUCAUGAUGAUGCGUUGAAGUUUGUUGUCUUAAAGUUGAAGGCACAGUUACUUUUUUCCAUUAUGUUGAUUGUUAACAAGAAAGAAGGCAAUUCCAUAUCAUUUAUAAGUUGUAUUUGCCUGUCAUUUUCAUUGGCUUUCUUCCCUACCUGGCCACAGAAUUCCAAAAUAUAUAACACAUAGCAAUAGAGUCUGGAAAACACUCAAAGGAAUAAAAGGCCUUAAAGGGAAGUACAGGUAGCCUCUGUAGGAUGCUGGGUAAUUUCUGCACACACUUCACAACAACAAAAAUAUAAACAGCAGAUGGUGAUUUGAAAAAAUUAAACUAUCAUUAUCAACUUAUAAUUAUCAUGAUAAUAAAACUUGUCUUUUGGAUAUGACCAUGUCUAUAUUUAAUGAGUUCUUGAUUUCUUGUUGUUUGCAAGUCACUUUGUUAUGUUGAUGAUAAUUCAUCAUUUUUCUUCCAAAUUGUCUCCAAGCAAAAACAGAGGAAGAAAAAUUAGAGAGGAAAAAUGAAGUUGGAACUAAACUUAUAAGGUGAGUUUAAUUGCCUCUUUUCUUUUUGUCAUGGAACAUAACUCUCCUCUCUUUGUAAAAUUGAUCAGUAGUAUUUUGCCCUUGGUUUUGUACAUGGAAAUUUAGUUUAUCAAAAUUUCCUCCUAUCAUUGAGAAAAAUUGCCAUGCUGUUCUAUCAAUUAAAGAACUGAGACUAAAAUGUUUGACUUGUGUUCUAUCCAAAGUUUAUUCCAUAUGUUCUUUAAGCAAUUUACAUGAUGAUGUUGUGUUUACUGAACUGUUGGUCCAAAUUUCUUAUGUAAUUUGAGAACAGAUUCCUAUAAAUACUCAAUUAAGGGUAACCAUUUGAACAGGUGUUAAGUUAUACAGAGAUAUUUGAUUGGUCUACAUGCCCUGCCACCUGCUGAAUAAAUCAGACAAGCAUUAAUGAGGCCUAAAGAAAAUAAUCUUUCUUCCUCCUAUGAAAUUGCCAUCAAUAUGACUGAAAGGAUUUUUGAAAGGAAGGCAGUGCGUUGUUCUGUUUAUGUUUAGAUGACUGUAACAAAAUAGAGUCAGACACGUGGUGUAUGUGAGCUCUGUACAAAUGAUUAAUAAAUACCUUCCUUCUGUAUGUCGGUAUUUAAUUGUUAAUCACUGGUGAUAAUUAAUGACAGGUGUUCUAUGUACAGAAUAAACAGCCCAAUAUGAUAUGUAGGACAACAGUAAUGAAAUGCAAAGUACACCUUGAAAGUGAAUGUCAGAUAGUUAAGGAAGGAACAUCUUUGGAGGGAGACAAUUAUGAUUGAUUAAUAUUUCUGUGACAUCGUGGAGUGAUGCAAGAUGUAGCAGCAUCCAUUAUGUCACACAUUGUACUAGGAACAGUGUAUUAUCUGGAAUGUUUUGUAGAACAGAUGUUCAUCCUCCUUCAUAAUGGCACAAAUGAUAACAGUAGCAUGUUUUGUGACUUGUUGUGGAAUCUAGAAGUAGCUUUCUACUAUUUUCUUUCAAGAUGUAUUAAAUAUUUGUAAGUUUGCUGCAUACCUCAGAUAUUACUCAGUUGUAUUUGCACUAUGGUUUAAACAAGUGCAUGACCUUUCCUGGAAAUUUAUGGAUAAAAGUAACUUGUAAAUAUUUCUUUUGUGAUAAAAUCUAGAUGUAGUAGUUGUCUAUAUGUUUAGCAUCUGAAGCACCCAACUUAAUGUUUUGUUUGAAGUGUUUGGAACAAACUCCUCUAUUUAGCUAUCAAAGCAAAAAAUAUAUGUUGUGAACAAUACGUAAGAGCAGAAUGCUUCAAAUUUUUCUUGUAACCUUUUUCUGAGUUCUCAAAAACUCGAGCAUGUUGACCUCUAUUGUAGCCAUUGAUAGACAGCUUCUGUAUUUUUGUUAAAAUUGUAGAUUUUGUAUUGAUUUGAGUGUUAUUUAAUAUUUUUAAGGCUAAACUUAGAGUUGGUAAUAUCUUAUUCCCCAUAUUUGUUGAUUAACAUCACUUUACUAUCUCUUGUUUUACUCUUUUUAUACUAUCCUUGCAGACGGCUGAGCACACGACCUACUGCACAAGAACUUAGGGAAAGAAAUAUUUUGAAAUGUGAGUGACUUUAUUUAUAAGUAAUAUAAUGAUACAUUUUAUUAGUUGCAAUGUAUUUUUUGAAGAAGGCAAAAUGUAAGGAGUGAGAAAAAUAAUAUGCAUGGCUGUAAAUUUUAUUUCCAUGUACAAUAUUAAACAAGAAGGAAAGUAACAUUGCAUUUUCUCUUCUUCUUUGCUAUGUAGGCAAUCACAUAGCAAUCUAUGAAACAAAGACCUAUCCACUCGAUAGUGUUACCCUGGUCCAACUGAGAUGCCUUUAACCUCAUUUUUUGUGUAAAUGCAUGUACCAGUAUAACACUUCCUCAUUUUAAAAUAUUUUUCUUUGUUCCAAACUAGUCAUGUAUGGUUUAUUAAGUAUAAGACGGGUUCCUCUUUUCUGCGUAAUCUUCACUUUUAAUGGAAAGAUGAUGUGAAAGUCCAAUAGCAAUAGUGUAUCUUCACAUAUUAGACUAUCUCUAACUCUUAACAGCAGAAACUUAAAAACCUUGUAUUUCCAAAUGUAGUAGCUUUCUAAAUGACUGGUUUAUUCAGAAUGCUUAUCCAUAGUUUAACUUAUUAUAUGCCAACAUCACAGCAUCCUCAGAGGAAGAGGCUAAAGAAGAAAAGGAGGAAAAGAAAAGGGUGUUAACUAGAAAGGUCUGGUUAAUUUGAUUCAAAAGAACAUUUUAGAAAGUGCAGUGGUAGGCCUAACCUUACAAAGUAACAUUUUCAAUUCCUUUAAUAAAAAAAAUUGCUUUCAAUAAGUACUAGAGGAAUAAUUUUGUUUCAUUUGCUAACAAUUUUCAUUUUGACUUCUAGUAAAUCAAAUCUAGUUUGUAACCUGUGGCUUUGUGGGACUUUGAAAGGUUGAGAAAAAUAAAUGGAAAUCUUUUCAUUACUUUGUUUGUCCAGUUUGCACCUCAGAAUUUGAAUGUGGUCAGUGACACAAAUCUGGUUAUGGGUGUGUCACAAUUUAGUCUCCAUGAGAGCUUAUUUUAUGUCAUGAAAUGAUUAACUAAUGGAAUAAUUACCAGGCCAAACAGGCUCUUAAAUAGCCAACAACAAUUUAUUUGCAGGAAGAGAGAAUUAAGUUCAACUUGUUUAAAUUUGUGUAUUGCAGUUAAGUAGAAGGCCUACAGUGCAAGAGUUGAGAGCAAAGAAGAUUCUUAAAUUUAACGAUUAUGUUGAAUGUGUUGAUGUCCAUGACUAUGACAGAAGGUAAAAAUUUACUAUUAAUUUUGUCAUUCCUUGUCAAACAUUGAUUUCUUUGUGUGAAAGUUAAAAACAGUAAAUUUUAGUAGAUGUUCCUGUAAGCAUCCUGUACUGUACUCAGCAGUUAACACCACAAAAAUUUAUAAGACAUUAAAUUCAGUGACUGGUAACCUCAAAAGAACUUGGCUCGAGGAUUGCCCUAAAACAGAAGGAAACUACAAACGUAUGUGUAAUGUGGGUAAUGUGAGUUGAUUUUAUGGUAUGUUGGAGAACUUCAUUUUGUUUUUGUUUAUAUCAUAUUUAGAGCUGACAAGCCGUGGACUAGAUUGACUCCUGAAGACAAGGUAACUUGUAACUUUUUUGGCCAUACACCACAACUUUAUUAACAUAUUUUUGGAAGAAAAUAAUUGCAAAUAUGAUAGGAGGACAGGAAUAGGUAAAGAUUUCCCAGAUUGACUCAAAAACUAAUCUGACUGAGUAACAAGGUGCUUGUCUUAACCAUCAUCCCCAUUUACAGGUAGUAAUGGCCACUUUUUUUGCCCACAUAGGCACCAAAAAGUAUGAAGAAAUUAUUAAUUUUUUGUGGCCUAAGAAACAAUUAAGGACAUAAGUUAGAUGACAUGCAUACCAGAAUGGAGAUAUUUUUUUCUACUUUUUUUGAAGGCUGCAAUUCGCAAAGAGCUUAAUGAGUUCAAGAGUAAAGAGAUGGAAGUGCAUGAAGAUAGUAGACAAUACACAAGGUAA